CAGGUGUUCCAAUCCCCUCCAUAUCAUGUGAAUCAGGUGUUCCAAUCCCCUCCCAAUCAUGUGAUUCAGGUGUUCCAAUCCCCUCCAUAUCAUGUGAAUCAGGUGUUCCAAUCCCCUCCCAAUCAUGUGAUUCAGGUGUUCCAAUCCCCUUCCUAUCAUGUGAUUCAGGUGUUCCAAUCCCCUCCAUAUCAUGUGAUUCAGGUGUUCCAAUCCCCUCCAUAUCAUGUGAUUCAGGUGUUCCAAUCCCCUCCAUAUCAUAGUCAAUAGCUAAAGACCUCCAAACUUGGUGUGGCCUUCAGAUGAGCCCAACAACAGUGCAAAGAGAGCUUCAUGGAAUGGGUUUCCAUGGC